AAGCGAUGUGUGCAGUUACUACUAACAGGAGGCGUGGGGCCUGGCGUUGGAGUCGGCGUUGGCUAUGCACGGGAGACUAAGGUAUGUACAGGAGGCGUCUCCGAAUCAGGGGUCGAUCCAGGCCGAGCCCUGCGCGAAGGUCACGUUCUGGACGGACUGGAAGGCGCAGAAGCCGAGGCCCGUCGACGAGCCGGCCUUGACGAUGCCGAGGACGUCCGAGUCGAAGUCCUCGACACCCACCAAGGGUCGCAGGAAGUUGCCGUCGCCGCCCAGGUAGGCGACGUCCGUCCCCACAAAGAAGCCCGAGGCCCCGCCGAUGGCCAUCGACAAGUAGGCGUCCGUGCUGAAGUUGCCGUUGUCGCAGCCCGGCAUCCAGGGGAAGACGAAGCGGCCCACCCGCAGGCCCGUCAGGAAGGCGCCUCCACACCCGACCAUCGUCGCGCCCAUGACGGCGUUGAAGGGGAGCUUCUCCGAGGCCUGCAGCGCGUUGACCAGCGGCUGCCACAGCGCGCCCGAGCAGACCGCGGCGGACCCGAGCCACACACCGAGCCCGGCCUGCUCGCCUAUAUUGAUGUUCGGGUCGACGAUGGCCUUCUUCGCCGCAUAAUAACUCGUGUGGCCCGCCGCGACGGCGAUGCCGUCGCCGACGCCCGUGUACGCCGCGAACGCCAACGAAUCCGCCUGGUGGCCCGCCGCGUCGGCCACGAUGGAGGCCGCCUGCCAGCCCGCGCCGGCGGGGAAGAUUUUGGAGACCGUCACCUGUGCCAUUUGAUGUUGAGUGUUGACAUGGGGGUGUGUAGAGACGUACCUCGGCCAUGGUGGCGAAGCGGGAGAGCAUGGUCACCGAGCCGUCGCCUCGCCGGCAGCGGCAGCCCGGUCUGCGGAUCCUCUUUGAUGCGCUCGGCGGGCGCUCGAAUUUACGAUGUG